CCAAGCAUUAACUGCUGCGCCUCCGGCUCCGCCACGGAGCAUUAACUGCUCCCGGCGGAGGUCGAACAUUAAUUCGUGGGUCCCAUCCCACCGGCGCGGCGCCCUCCAUAUGUAGUCCCUCUCCCUCCCUGCCGCAUCGUUCCUGAACCCCAAUCCCCAGCCCCAAAUCGGCGACCGUCGGGGAUGAGGACGCGAGCGGCGGAGUGCGGCGAGGAGCUGCGGCUGUCCGUCCCCGGAGAGUACCCCUGCGUCCGGCGGUUCCGUUACCGGCGGCUCCUCACUUUCCUCUGGCUCCAAGGCUAUGGCUACACCUUCGUUGCGAUGCUGAGGCAGACGAACGCCUACCUGUGCGUGUUCCAUCUGAAGCACCUGGUGUCGCAGGGGCAGUGGACCGAAGCCCUGGAGUACAUCAUCCCACGCUUCCUGCCGCGAGUCCCCCGUUCGCCGCCGAGCCUCGAGGCCCGCGUCCUCGUCAAGUUCCUCCGCACGCAGCGCUUGUUCGAGCUGGCAGUAGUCAGGCACCUGGACGAGCAUUCUCUGGACCGGAGAGCCAUGUGGGCUAGAGCAGCGGAGAUCGUCGGGGACUUGGCCAACAGGACUCCGGAGUUCAGAGACCGGCUGCUACUGCCGGACGGCCCGAUGGGUCCGCAGCACGUCCUCCCCAUCGGCUUCGGCUUUGCUCCUUUCCGUCGGAGGCGGCACGUCAAGACCCAUACCCGUCCUACCGGCAAGCUUGCACGUCAUCGACAUACCCGUCGGGUAGCUAAACUCUAUUUUGACAAGAGGAUGAGCCUGGCUUCUUGCAGCCACAGCACCCAGGAGUUGGCACCUGAAGUCAUAGCUAAGGCGCGGGAUGAUUGGUUUAGGAGAAUUAUGGAGGAAUGUGUUAAAGCUGCUACAUGUCCGGAGCUUAAUGAAGGGCGUGCACUUCAAUCGAGUGCGCGGGGAGGCACAGGUGGAGAAGUUUGUUUUAUCAAGAGUGCUCGUCAGGGUUCCCGUCCAAGAAAGAGGCCAGCACCAGAACAGCCUGUGGACUAUUUAGCUAGAAAAAGGCAACUGACUGCUGGGGCCCAUUGUGAAGCAAACACAGCUCAAGAAGUUUGUUUUACUGAGAGUGCUCGUCAGGGUUCCCAUCCAAGAAAGAGACCAAUGACAGAACAGAUGGAGGACUGUCUAGCUACAAAGAAGCAACUGACAGCUGGGGAUAAUGGUGAAGCAAGUGUCAAAGCUCAGUCGUCCUCGACAGUCUGAUAGUGUGCUUUUGACCGGACAAAGCGAUGCUGUUGGAACACGAUGUUGUUUUGAUGCAUUUGCUGCUUUGGUUCUGUAGUUACCUGCUUCAUCCAGGCUUGGAAGCCUCCUACAACAUUUGAGUUCAUGCAAUUUAUGCCACUCUGUUAGUAUUACUGAUUCGAGAUACAGUACAAAGUAAUCCCGGUGAAAACUUA